AUGAGCGCAACUUCCACUCUGACCGGCCCCGCACUCCAAGCGUCGAGAGCUGCGCUCUCUGCCGCGCUUGCUGACCACCCUCCUGUCACCUCUGAGAAUGAUGAUUUGGAAUCCGGGGAGAUCCAAGAAGUCGAUAUGCAGGCCCAGGCUGAGGGAAUCAGAACCGUUUUCAGCGAUCCUUCCAACUUCAACGUCAAGCACCCUUUGUACUCUCCAUGGACCCUCUGGUUUGACUCACCCGCAACUAAAGGUCGCAACAUGCCACAAACACCUGUGUCAGCGUUUCCACAGACCCCUGUCAUCCCCCAGACCCCCGGCGUUGCUGCUGCACAGGGCUGGAUGGAGGAUAUCAAGCGCGUAAUCAGUUUUGAUAGUGUAGAGGAAUUUUGGGGCUUGUACAACAAUAUCAUACCACCUUCGCAACUUCCUCAAAAGGCCAAUUAUUAUCUGUUCAAGGAUGGUAUCAUCCCUGCCUGGGAGGACGAAGCAAACAAGAACGGUGGCAAAUGGAGUAUUCAGCUGCCAAAAGAUAAAAAUCGCGGCCAAGUUGAUAAAAUGUGGCUGUAUACGAUGCUCGCUGCGAUUGGCGAGACCUUUGACCCGUCACCCGCACCUGCGGAUGGCAGUAGUUCUGCGUCGUUAAUCACGGGAGUCAUCGUAUCGACACGACCGCAGUUCUACCGACUUUCGAUAUGGACGCGCUUGGCGCCGUCUGCCUCGGACGACGAGGCGAACACUAUUCUACGAGAACGCAUUGAGGGCGUAGGAAAGCACUUCAAGACGAGUGUGCUCGGAUAUCCUGAAGGCGCACGACUUGCAGGACCACUUGCGACUGAAGUUGAAUUUCUGUCGCACAAAGACUCUGAGAAAAAGGGCAAACCAAAGAAAUUGAUUGUCUAG